AAAAGGCAGUAAAAAAGAAAAAAAGACGCCGAUAAUAAUAUCUGAGAAAAAAAAAAUUGGAAGUUUAGAAGACACAGAAACACUUAUUAGUAUGGAACGUGUCAAACAGACAUUAUGGUUGUUAAUAGAAUUGGGGGCUGAUCCCGAUUUUGGUACCGUCCCUCUACCACCUUUAAUACUUUCCAUCUUCGUAAAAUGCGAAAUGUUGACAAAAGAAUUAAUUAACAGAGGGGAUUCGAAUAUACGAACGUCCGUAGACAAUCUUUCAGCCAUCCAUGUACUAUGUUGCCUUCCUUUUCACCAGGAUUAUUUAAAUAUUUUCAAAGUACUUGUGCCAGUAACCAAUUUAAAUUUAAGAACUGGCACAGAACAUUGGAAAAAAGAAAAGGAGGUAAUACUGUCAACAGAACUCUACAAAACGGUUUUAGACGAAGGAAAAACUGCUCUUCACAUCCUCUCCAUGAGAUACGACUUUGAGGGGUUCGAAAAUAUCCAGUGGGAAAUGUUUGAGCUUUUACUAAAUGAGGGAGCUGAUCCAAACUUGUCCUAUUUGGGUCAUACUUCGUUAACUCUCGCCAUGUUAAGAGGAAAUAUAUUUAUAGUUGAAGAAAUGUUGAAACGUCGAUUUGUAAAUCCGAAUCAACUACUAGGAGAGGGCAUAGGAGUUCCCCUGACGAUGCUCCUGUUAAAGCGUUACACAAAUUAUCUUCCAGCCAAUCUUUGCAUGCGGUUCGUUAAUCUCCUCAUGGAUUACAACGCAAAUCCGUUUGUUAUAUUUUCUAUUCACGGGAACGCAGUCGAGUUCCUAGAGAAGGAAUAUGAAUCGUCUGUUACCAAAACUAAAGAAUCGAAAAGAGACAAAUCCAAAAGCAGACAAUCCAAAGGCAAGGAUAAGAAAAAAAAAGGCGUUUACAAGGUUCUCAUUAAUAAUUUUUUAAUAUGCUCGAGAAACUUUUUACUCAGACACAUCCAGGCAAAAGUUGUAGAAUAUGUAUAUUUGUUUAUAUCAGAAGCAUGUACUGAAGAGAAAUAUUUAUUUCAUUUAGCAAAAUUCGUGAACAUAGACGAAGCCGUACAAUGUCUGCAGUUACUCAUUCAAAACAGGAUCAUUGCACCACGCGAGAAUACAUUAAACAUUUGUCGGGACGUUCUAAAUUUCGUCAGGGUGUGCAACACGGACUCUCCAAGGAAAGACAACAAGUCCUCUUCUUCGUUAGCGAACCAACCACCUGUAGAGACAAUGUUAACUAAUUUCAAUUUGCAAAAAAAUGUUUACGUCGAUAAAAAGUAUAAUUCCCACCCACCUGAGCUUGAUAAAAACUUAGACAAGUAUGUGGUGUGUUAUCAGUGUUGUAAGUCUGUUGGAAAAGAACUGAUCCCUUGUCCCAAUUGUUGGAUGGUGUACUUUUGUUCGGAGAUAUGUAAUAAAAGUUCCCUGCAAGCAAGCGAAAAGUGGAAACCAAAGAUCGAUUUAUUACACUCCUUUGCAAGAAAAAUUCGAUUGGAUCCAGGAACAAAUUAGAAAGAGAAAAUUUAAAAAAAAGUUAGAAGAGAGGUUCGCAAAAGAAUGGGACUUAAUAAAUGGGUGUACGCCAAGAGUGUGUGAUAAGUUGGAGUUUAA